AUGUCUUCUCAGAUUCCCGAAGAUGCUCUGCACAAGAUCUUGGCGCAGAUCCAACAACAAGUGCUCACAUCCACUCGAGAGCUCAACAUGGUCAGGGCGCAGUGCAACACGGUCGAGUCGCAGAGGAAGAGGACUCACUUGACGUUGGAGCAGAUCAAGGAAGAGGAAGAUGGAGAUAGGUUGUGGAACGGUGUGGGCAAAAUGUGA